UGGAAUAAUCAAACCAAACAAAUAGUGUCCGCAAUAAAUCCAACAAACGCAAACACGACUGCUAAAAGUCAAUAAGGGCAAGCCCUGCCUUUCGUAGCCAUUUCCUUGCUGAUCUAUACGAGAUUGAUUACUCCUUCAACGAUUCUUUCCUUAUCCUACAUCCCCGCUGGAUAUAUCUUUCUGUACCAAUCUCCUGUUUCUUGGUGGUUUCGCGUUAUUCUCUCUCUAGAAAAAUACUUAUCGAUUUAGAAUUCAAGUCCUGUGUAGUUUGUUUUCUCUCGUUCUGUUGGGAAAUUGGGCAGUUCUUGGAUCGGUUGUGAUUUUCUCGGAAAGUUGCGGUUUUUUUCUGAGGUGGGGUUUUGGUUUUGGAAAUUGGCAUAAGAAAUAUAUGUGGACUUGAAGAGGAAGGAGCUGAGCUGAGCUGGGGCUGAAUUAUAUGGAUAAUUUUUGUUGCUUCAAUUCGGUGUCUCAGGUUGGAGGGCGUUCUUCAUGUAGCUCUGGCAAGGGCAGGAGCCAUCAGAGCCCAGUCAAGUAUGGCUUUAGCCUAGUUAAAGGGAAAGCAAAUCAUCCCAUGGAGGAUUACCAUGUUUCAAAGUUUGUUCACUUUCAGGGACGUGAGCUUGGACUUUUUGCUAUAUAUGAUGGACAUUUGGGAGAUAGUGUACCAGCUUACCUACAAAAGCAUCUGUUUCCUAAUAUCUUAAAGGAUGAGGAGUUUUGGACAGAUACCAACAGGUCCAUUUCUAAAGCCUAUGAGAGAACAGACCAGGCAAUUCUCUCUCACAAUCCUGACUUGGGGCGAGGUGGAUCCACUGCAGUAACUGCAAUUCUAAUAGAUGGUCAGAAGUUAUGGAUAGCAAAUGUUGGAGAUUCACGAGCAGUUCUUUCAAAGAGGGGGAAGGCAAUACAGAUGACUAUUGAUCACGAGCCCAACACUGAGCGGGGAAGCAUUGAGAACAGAGGCGGCUUUGUCUCCAACAUGCCAGGAGAUGUUGCUCGAGUGAAUGGCCAGCUAGCAGUUUCUCGAGCUUUUGGAGACAAGAACCUCAAAUUACAUUUGCGAUCUGAUCCUGAUGUACAAAAUGCUAUUGUUGGCCCAGAUACUGAUCUUCUCAUACUUGCUAGUGAUGGUUUAUGGAAGGUGAUGGCUAAUCAAGAUGCAGUUGAUAUUGCAAAAAGGACAAAGGACCCACAGAAGGCAGCCAAGCAACUAGUCGCUGAGGCAUUGAAGAGAGAGAGCAAGGAUGACAUCUCCUGCAUUGUAGUCCGUUUCAAGGGGUAAAACAGAUAAAAACAAUCCCCAUAUUCCAGAAUUUAUAUAUAUAUAUUGAGUGUUUCUAAGCAUGGAUGCAAUACCAGAGGCUAACACCAGCUCAGAAAUCUCAUGAAAUCUCUGCAUAAGUUCGGAAUUCUCUUCGAAAUAGAUUUAUUAUGUAUCCCCCCUUUCCCCUCUGUGUAAAUUUUGUUGCGUUUAGGUGGUGUGAUUUGAUAUUUGCUUCAUUUCUUUGAUGUGUAGAGUAAUACACUUAUUUUUCCCUGUAAGUUGCGUUGUGAUUUCAAAGCAGUGUGGUGGCUGACUUCCAUAAAUUUAUACAGAACGAAGUGCAUGGUUUGUAAGCAAUUGUUGCAAUGGAUAUAGAAUGAUGUAUCAUAACCUUGAGAGUUUUUGUCAGCUUUCAAUUUCAUCAACUUCUGAAUCA